CCAGUUCAAGGUCAGCCGAUGACCUCAGACUGUGAACCAGAUGAUCUUAGAUCUCUGACAUCAUUUCAUCUGCUUGCUUUGUAUGAGUUCACAUUUCACGCAUCAAACCAAACGUCAUGCAAAUGCAAACACUGGGAACUGAUUAGACAAUGAUUUAAGGUUAAAAGGAGGUUUGACAAAAGAUUAUGGCCCAAAUGCAGUACCAUGAUAUUUGAAAAACAUAGCAUAUAAUAAUAAUAAAAAUAAUAAUAAUCACAAAGUGGUUGGCAAAGACACUUAAGAAAAGUGGUAAACUUUUAAACCAAUUUUUUUAUUAUCAUUAUUUAAUGGAACUUUUUGUCUUUAUUACUAUUGAACGUUUUCUAAAAAUUUUAUUUCAAGGUAAAACUGCUAUCUGAUAUUUUCUUUACGUUUGCUUGUUUUGCGCCAAAGCACAGAGUACAAAGUUUAAAACAAAAGAGUAUGUAAUUCAAAAAUAAUGUUGCUUUUAAGAGAGAGUUCACCUGAACUAUCAAAAUACGACCGAUCUGUGCUGAAGUUAAUAGACUAACUGCAGAUAAAUUUGAUUGUGGAACACGAUGCUGCACUUACAAGUUUAUUCACUGAUGUAAACCCUCCUUAAGCCAUAAAUUUACCCAGAAGUAUUUUUUAAUGGUAUGUUUCUUAACGGGCUGCACAGUGGUAUAGUGGUUAGCACUUUCGCCUUGCAGCGAGAAGAUCCCUGGUUCGCGUCCCGGCUUUCCCGGGAUCUUUCUGCAUGGAGUUUGCAUGUUCUCCCUGUGCAUGCGUGGGUUUUCUCCGGGUACUCCGGCUUCCUCCCACAGUCCAAAAAUAUGCUGAGGUUAAUUGAUUAUUCUAAAUUGCCCGUAGGUGUGAAUGUGAGAGUGAUUGUUUGUCUCUGUAUGUAGCCCUGUGACAGACUGGCGACCUGUCUAGGGUGUCCCCUGCCUUCACCUGAGUCAGCUGGGAUAGACUCCAGCCCCCCCAAUGACCCUAGUGAGGAUUAAGCGGUGUAUAGAUAAUGGAUGGAUGGAUGGAUGUUUCUUAACAUUUUUUUUGAAAACAACACAAACAUACCAAAAAUAACAACAAAAAACAGCUCAUGUGUGACAAGACAGUUACAAACUAUACAUCAGACUGGAGUUUACAGGCAGGCUAGGCCAGUGCAGGAAAUCCUAGUAAUAUAGGAGAAGACAGUGUAGGUCCAAUGUAUUAUAAGUUUGGUUCCCAGACUUUAUGGAAAGCGUCCUCUGUUGAGUGAACCAUACAGGUAAUAUAUUCAUUGGGGAUGCAGUCUAUUACAAGAUUGUGCCACGAUUUCUUUGUUGGGGUGGCAUCCUUGCUCCAAAAGAGCAGAAUGUUCUUCCUUGCAGCAAAGGUCAGUAAUUUGAACAGUCAUUUAUGCUUGCUACUAAUAAUAUGCACAUGAGAGACCAAGGAGUUAGAAUCCAGUUUGUUUUUGAGAAUAGGUGUAAUAUGAACGCGAUGCACAAUCCUAAACUGAAUAGAUUUGAUUCAGUUGCAAACAGAUAUAUCCAUAGCAUGUGCCCAUAAUUCCCACCAGGCUGCAGGAAGAAGUAUUUAAACAGUGAGUUAGGAGAUGUGUGUGAGGAAAAGAGCUACCCUCCACGUCCUGAUCCUACACCACGUUGGCCUGUUCAGUCCAGGAAUCAUCCAUCAAAGUCAGUGUCACAGCAGAAGUCUGAGGCCCCAAGGGUCUGUCGGAGCCCUGAAACCUGGACAAUGAACAACACUCAUGUACAAAGACAGGAGAGCGAAGGAGAGCAUGAGGAGAUAAAAGAGGACAGGAGGGAGGGUCGAGUAGUGUGAAUGCGCUGCCUUCUUGUGGAAGAUACAAGUCAUGACAGCUUCAUUACAAACAGUCAGACAGCAGCCCACUGGGACCACAGAGGCAGGCCACAGCGUCUGGACAGGCAUGGUCAGACUGACAGGGUUACUCGCACUGGGGUGGCAUCAUGUGUACUUCAUUUUGUAUUCCUCUUUUGGAAACCUACGCUAAUCAUUUGCUUUGCAGGCAAGACUACCAUGUAGAAGUGUGUAAAUGAGUUCUCAUAUACUUCUAUACUAAAAAUCUGAAACAGUAGCUAAAGUUCAGGUUUUUUUAACAGUAGAUAAAGCUCAUAAAUACAAUUCAAAUUACAUAAAAAUAAAUACAAACAAGAAUCUUUGGGCAAAAGUGUCCUUGUGGCUGUGCUUACUUAUCCUUGAUUUACCCCAAAUAGGUGAGGCAAAUGGCUGUCUUGCCUCAGCCUGGUUCUGCCAGAGCUUUCCCGUUUCUGUCAGAUCAGUGGGGUGGCUGUAGCUCAAGUGGUUGUCACUGAUAUAAAGGUUGGUGGUUUCAAUCGGGGCUGCACAGUGGCGUGGUGGUUAGCACUUUUGCCUUGUAGCUAGAAGAUCCCCUGGAGCCUUGCCAGGAUCUUUCUGUAUGGAGUUUGCAUGUUCUCCCUGUGCAUGCGUGGGUUUUCUCCAGGUACUCCGGCUUCCUCCCACAAUCCAAAAAUAUGCUGAGGUUAAUUGAUUGUUCUAAAUUGUCCGUAGCUGUGAAUGCGAGUGUGAUUGUUUGUCUGUAUAUCUAUCUGCGACAGACUGGCGACCUGUCCUGCCUUCGCCUCAAGUCAGCUGGGAUAAUGAGGACUGAGUGGUGUAUAGAUAAUGGAUGGAUGGAUGGUUUCACUCAAUAAGGCACUGUGGUAUCCCCACUUUUCUGAAGAACUCAGUGAGGUGUCUCAACACACUGCCUGGCUUGCAUCGCAUGUGGACUAAGUUGGCUGAGAAGCCUGAUUCGUGCCAGAGACAGGCCCAGUGUCACUUCUGGUGACUGUGGACAGACGUGGUGGUAGUACUGCAGAGUUUUUCAGUUUGAUGAAUAAUUGUGACAGACAGCUGAGGUAUUCCAGUAGACUUACAUUAGUGGUGCAGAGUUGUACCUCCUAUGCUGUUUGGAUUUCUUAGUGAGUAAACUCAAUCUUACUGAACUCUCCCCCAUGAAGAUAUUUUGCUGUAUUUAAGGUAAUAUUGUUGUAUUUUCCAUCCAGGGUGUCCCCUGCCUUCACCCUCAGUCAGAUGGGAUAGACUCCAGCCUCACGCGACCCUAAUGAGGAUUAAACGUUGAAUGGAUGGUUUUUAUCUCUGCUGUUCCAGUUUUUGCAGCCUUGGGGUGAACUUCUGGAGGUGGUGCACAAAUAGCCAAUCGGUCAGAGUGUGGGAGGAGCCGAGUAAACAAAAAAUGAGCAAACAGCUUUGAGGUCAAUCAGGAUCUGAUCAGUCACUCGGAAAUCAGUCAAACUUUAAGAUGAAUCUGAUUCUGCUCUUCGGUCUGUCUCACUGCUGCUGGAUGGCUGCUGCCAGGUAUACAUGGACCGAUAAGCCCUGGAUCAUUGUGGGUGAGCAUGAAAUCAAGGAGGGAGAGACACUGAAGGUCAGCUGCACGCUUCCAAUCGACUACACUGGAGGAAACUGUCGCCUUUUCAGAGGAAACUCUGCCAUCCCCUUCAGGCUAAAGACAGCUUUGGAUUUUGUCUGCGUCUUUCACCUGUCAUCAAAAGUGCUGCUAGGAAAUCAUCCGGUGGGUAGCAAGAUCUCCCUCAGGUGUGACUACCAGAUCCAGGAAUUCACCUCAAGGUCCAGUGACAACGCAGCGGUGAUCGUCUGGGGCAGCUGUCCCAGUCCCAGUCUGUCAGUCAGCCACCACUUUGUCUCACCUGACGACAGCAUUGAGGUCACCUGUUUACCUCCUCUUGGUUACGCCCCCAGCUGUAGCUUCUACAGAGGCCAGUACACAAUUGCAGAGGGGUCCUGCAGCAGGAACAUGACAGGUCAGGAGCUGGCCAUUUGGGAGGAACCAACCUUCCUGCUUCCUGUCAACCUGACCUGCACUUACGAGCCAAACCUGGACCACUACAUCCGCUCAGACAACAGCAACCAGCAUCUGCUGCUCGUAGUCGAUGUGAACAGAGUCACCACAUCAGUCAACUGUAAAGUCUCAGUAAGUGAUGAUCAACUGGAGGUGUUCAAAGACAGUAGCUGGACGUCUGCUGGGGCAAAUGGAUCCAGUGUCACCAUCCAGGUGACAAACAGCAGUCUGAUGCUCAGUGACACCUGUGACUACUUAAAGAGUCUGAACUGACGGAAGUGAACACAUAUAGAAUCAGAUAUACUGACGUAAAUACAUACAGAUUCAUACACCCUGAUUUAAACACAUGCAGAGUCAGACUUGAAAUAAAGGAGAGACAUCUGAGUUCAAGAGAAAGAAAAAUGAGUUUAUUUUAGCUUAUUUUUUCUAUACAGUGUGUCUACAAUGGUAGCAGAGGCUAAGGUUGUGGCUGAAUGCAUUUUUACUGUCUCUUGUGUACACAACCUCUCUGGUUGUAAAUGAAAGUCAAUGGAGGGUGGGGAGGAUAUGGUCUUGGUCUGAGAUAUUGGCCCUCUAGUGACAUCCAGUGGUUUUAACUGUUGUACAUCGCAUAGCUACUGAAUUAAACAAUACAUUUCAAAUCAA